AUGUCUUUCUUUAACUCAUUCAAAGGAUUCGGGCGAAGUAAUAAAAAGAACAAAAAUCAAAAUAAUGUUGGUGUAUCUACUGCCCAAUCAAAUAUAGUCUACUCCAAUUCACAUAAUAGCAACUCAAAACACUCGCUAAGAAGAAUACAGUCACCAUCCCGGACAUUAGUUUCUCAGAAUAAUUCUUCGAGCCAGUUCCAGGCGCCUUCUCCUGAAAAACCUGAUUCGCAACAAAAGUUAUUUCUUAGUGAGCCUUUCGUUAGAACAGCAUUAGUUAAGGGCUCAUUCAAAACCAUCGUUCAAUUACCAAAGUACGUGGACCUAGGUGAGUGGAUAGCACUCAAUGUGUUUGAGUUUUACACCAAUCUGAAUCAUUUUUAUGGAGUAGUCGCCGAAUACGUCACUCCAGAUGCAUACCCAACGAUGAAUGCUGGCCCUCAUACCGACUAUUUAUGGCUAGAUGCUAAUAACAGGCAGGUUUCUCUGCCGGCAGGACAGUACAUUGAUCUUGCUCUCACUUGGAUCAAUAAUAAAGUGACAGAUCAAAACUUAUUUCCCACCAAGAAUGGUAUUCCUUUUCCUCAAAACUUCUUAAAAGACCUCCAGAGGAUAAUGGUACAAAUGUUCCGCAUAUUUGCACAUAUGUAUCAUCAUCAUUUCGACAAAAUUAUCCAUCUUUCUCUGGAAGCUCACUGGAAUUCUUUCUUCGCACAUUUUAUAAGCUUCGCAAAAGAAUUCAACCUAAUCGCCAGGAAAGACAUGUACCCAUUAGGUGCUCUCAUCGAAAACUUAGAGAGGCAAGGUAAAAUAAUAUAG